UUUUUACACAAUUUGGGGAAAUAUCGGUUCCUGUUUUCAGAACGCGGCCUUUUUUGUUUUCGCGGAAAAAGACGACAGACGUUUUUUUUAAAGUGUGCAAUUUCCUACCAUCUCCGGCGUCGAGGGUAAAAGUAUAGAUCGCAAGCUCUUGCGAUCACCGCUCAGUAGCGAGCCAUCCUUUCCUCCAGCAGACGGAGGGUUAACAGUUUUGAAAAAAGAAAAAAAAAAAAAGGGUUUCCAUUCACUAAACGAGCGCCGCGCACCCUUUUUUGGAAAUGCAGUAAACGGACUAGGAGGAUCCCAUUGGCUGCCAAGAGCUGCCACUCAAAGCCCCGGCUCCCUGGGGAAUCUAUAUAUAUACGUGUGCGCGCGUACGAGAGCGGACACCGGCAGAGCAUCCUCUCGCAGAGCAGUCCAGCUGUGCACAGGGUCACCAUGAGCGAGCUUCGGGCCAACAAUGAGCUUCCAUCUCCCAACCAAGCCUCCCGGAGCGAGGAAAAAGACAAAGCUGGGAGUCCCGAGAAAGCAGAGGAGGAAAUAGACAUUGACUUGAAUGCCCCGGAGACAGAGAAGGCAGCCUUGGCAAUCCAGAACAAGUUCCGCCGAUUCCAGAAACGAAAGCAGGACCCCAGCCCGUGAGGACGAUGGCUCCCCGGUGACCUCUCUGCACUGCCUGGUGCGGGAAACACUGUGCGGCGGCUCAUAUCCUUCCCCCUGCGCCGGACAUGACGGGCGCCAACAUGGCAGCACCCCUACCGUUCUUCACACGUCUCCCUCCCCUUAGGCUAUUAUGAAUGCUUACCCUAUAACAAGGCCGUACCUGGUGCUGUAGCCAUGGUAACGCGGGGCGGCCAUCUUGUAUAUAGUCUUCCUAGUCUUAGUAUAGAGUCAAUACAAUAUGUCUUAAGAAAGACUUUUAUAAUUAGAAAAGUAAUAUUUAAAUGUCUGGCGUGCGGGGGUUUUAGGUUCAUGGCGGAUCAGGCAUGUGACUGCGGUAGGCGUACACCGUACAUAUUUAUAGAUUUAAAUGUAUA